AUGUCGACCGAUUCACCCAGCGCGAAGGAGAUACUUCUUCAGUCUACUGCCCAGGAGCUGGGAACCGAAGCCCUGGAAACAGUGGUGGAGCCCAACAUCGUGGAUUCUGCCAUAGACGCUGUCAAAGGCCUGCCCAGCGCCCCCGUCUGUAUCACGCAAGAAUCGACGCCUCAGAACCUUGCCAACGAUCCAGCUGCUAUCAUGGUCGGGCUCGAAAGCAUCAUUCCACGGUGGACACCCGGAUCCGUCAUCAAAUGGUCUGCGUGGAGAAUGGGGUACGACUCGCAGGAGGAUGCUGACUACGCGGCGCUGCACUUGGCCUUGGCCGCCAGUGUCUGGAAUGAGGCCGACGUGGGCGUGCGCUUUGAGUUCGUGCCGCUGGCAAAAGACGCCAAUUUUGUUAUCUGUCACGGCGGGUACAAGGGCGAUGUCCUGGCCAGCGCCUACUUCCCCAACCAGAAGGACCUGAACUUUGUUUAUGUCUACACCCGGGCCUUGCAGCCCGAUUGGAAGGCCAGUCUCUCGCAGGUGCUGGUACAUGAGCUUGGCCAUGUUCUGGGCCUGCGCCACGAGUUUGCGAUGGACCCCCGUCGACUGGAGGGCCCCAAGGCUGUGCAGAUUGGUGAGGCCAAUCCACUUUCUGUGAUGAACUAUCGUCGUGAACCACCUGAGCUUCAGCCAUCCGACAUUGCGGCCACUAAGGCGUUUUACCAGAUGUCUGUUGGGACGGUGCUUGCAUCCACCCCGAUUGUGGACUUUGUGCCUCAAUGA